CAUUUUUUCCGUGGCUAUUCUUACCGUACACCAGGAACGAUACUAACUAUAUGUAUUCGGUACGAUAACAAGUCAGGUAAAAAAAAUCACUCCUCUCAGGAGUAUUUCGUAUCGAUUAUGACACGAGUUUAAAAUGUCGCACAUCUCAAAUGAAGCGAAAGUGUAUUUUCAUAAAAGUUUAUUUUGAUAAUAUGGAGUACAGUAUAUCGUAUCGUUAAUGUUAUUAUUACACUUCUUUUAAAAUAAAAUAUAAUCCUAUGCUUCAAUCAAAAUAAUACCACCUCACUGAAAUAAAAUGUUAAUAGCGGACCGUAAUCAUAGUAUGAAUAAAAACAAAUCUAUAAGAUGGAUUCUUUGUAUCUUCAUUCUUUACAAAAUGCUUUGAUGUUUAUAUUAGUGAAAAAUGAGCGCUUCAUGAAAGCUUUCUUUGACAACAGAUUCUCAUAUUGUGCAUAAACAUGAUAUUUAUUACUUGAUUAUAUAUGCUUCAAUCAAAAUAAUACCACCUCACUGAAAUAAAAUGUAAAUAGCGGACCGUAAUCAUAGUAUGAAUAAAAACAAAACUAUAAGAUGGAUUCUUUGUAUCUUCAUUCUUUACAAAAUGCUUUGAUGUUUAUAUUAGUGAAAAAUUAGCGCUUCAUGAAAGCUUUCUUUGACAACAGAUUUUCCAUAUCGUGCAUAAACAUGAUAUUUAUUACUUGAUUAUAUUAUCAUUUAACGGCUAUGUAAGCAGUAUAUUUUAGUUCUGAUUAAUUUUUUUUUUUUUUGAGAAAUAUCAUAAAGGCCUAACAAUGUACAGUACAUGCAUGACCAUUUGCGUGAACACAACGUCACUGAAUGGUUGUGCGUUACAAAUCUGGAUUAUUUAAAAGUAUUUUUUACAAAAUGUUUCAUGGAAUCAGAAUCAUCCUAGUCACCGUUUUGGUGUGCAGCCCUUUUUUCACUUCAGGAAAAGUCUGUAGCAGGUUUAGAACUGCGACUCUAGCAAAACCAGAUAAUUGGCAAAAUGGUGACUGUGUGCCUAGUAGAACUAUCCAUGCUACCAAAGCAAGAGGUUCGAUCCAAUGUUCAUCGAUGUGUCUACGGCGUUUUCCGGAGUGUAACUCUAUCAGAUACGACAAGGUGUCAAAAUCGUGUGAAUUAUUGGCGUGCAUGAUGCUACCUAAACGAGAAAACAAGAAUUGUAUGACAUAUGGAAUAAAUCUGUCCCGUGAUUGCAGUGAAAUAUUGAAGACAUCUCCGAGUUCUCAAAGUGGAGUAUAUGCAAUUACCAGUAACGACGGAACCAGGACAUGGCCUGUUUACUGCGACAUGGUCACCGACGGUGGAGGAUGGAUAGUUUUUCAGAAACGUCAGUCUGGUUGGACCGAUUUUAAUAAUUCGUGGUUACAUUACAAGAAUGGUUUCGGCACUAUGUGUGAUUUCUGGCUAGGGAACGAACUAAUCCAUCAGAUAACGGCAUCUGGAGAGUACAGCCUUCGACUGGAUAUGACUACGACAAAUGGUGACGUUUACUUUGCAACAUACUCAUCGUUUACCGUCAAUGGAGAGAGUGACAAGUACAGAUUGAAACUUGGAGCUCUAAUAGACGACAAUGCUGGGGACGUACUUUCAAUUGAAAAUGGUAGGGAUUUCUCAACCUACGAUAGAGACAAUGAUGGUAAAAAUAUUGGGCAGUGCGCUGUGACUUUUUCUGGUGGUUGGUGGUAUGGAUGGUGCUUUAAAUGCUGCCUAAAUGGCUUGUUAGUAGACUUCAGGUGCGCAAUUAUUGAUGGGCAUGGUGCGUAUCCCAUGCUGUUGUUGAGUCAUUCGGAGAUGAAGAUGAAGAGGCAGUAAGUCGUUUUCUCUUUUGAGGAAACUUGUAAUAAAAACAAAUUGUAGAAUUUUCAAGUGAGUUUAACAAUUAGUGUUUAAGAUGAAGUACGCAUGGAAAUUAUGUUGAAUGAUAUAGCUCUAUUAUAUUUAUUAUUUGUAAUAUUAAUGUGGUGAAGACUAUUAUAUUGAAUAGAAACAAAUCGAGUACAUUAUACAAUUAGCAAGUCAGACCUUAGAU